GUUGAUUUCUGCCUCCUGUAAGCACCAAAGGGAAGAAUUCCUCACAGCCUCCAGCUUUUGCUCUCGCAGCUUUCCAAACAAACUGGGGCGGGAUGGGAGUGUCUUCUUGGCUCUGGAAAUCAAUCCUCCUACCUUGUCCUGGAGCUACCCUCCGCCUUUCCAAGGCCCUCCCUUCGCAGUGAGAUCUUCAGAGGAAGCCAGGAGAAGGACAGACCGGGGUGAAGAAUUUUCUUUAAAGCACUUGCAAGUGAAGCAGCAGCAUAUCCCCCUCAUCUUGAAUUACUUCCAGAAUCAACACCUCUGAAUGUCAGCAGUGGGCUCCUGAUGCUUCCCAUCAACUUCCAUCCCACCUUACUACGUCUUUCAGAAAGAGAGGACCUUCGGGAAACACACCCUAGAAGUGCAGGCAGACCAACCAUGAGAGGGUACCAGGUGGCCUUAGUCUUGUGUUCCAUCUUUCUCUAUUAUCUACUACACUGUUUGCUGUGGGGAACUAAUGUCUUCUGGUUACCAACUGCAGAAAUUAAGAAUAAAAAUAUCAAGAGAUGUCCAAAACAGCCCCCUUUCGCCUCUCUCCUGAAGUUUCCUCAGUUUUACCCAUUUCUGUGUGCAGCUGAUUUUACAAAGACUACUUCCAAGUACGGUACCUCUGAUUUUGCUUUGCCCUAUGGGACAAGGCCAUCAGGGAUACAUUUUCGAUGGGUCCUUUCAAAGCUGCAGAAUUGUGCUCUCUUUGAUGAGUUUGACAAGGUGCCGUGUAAAAGAUGUGUGGUGGUUGGUAAUGGAGGAGUGUUGAAGAAUAAGACAUUAGGAGAAAAAAUCGACUCCUAUGAUGUAAUAAUAAGGAUGAAUAAUGGUCCUGUUUUAGGACAUGAAGAGGAUGUUGGGAGAAGGACAACCUUCAGGCUUUUUUAUCCAGAGUCUGUUUUUUCAGACCCCGCUCACAAUGAUCACAACUCCACAGCGGUUUUCAUUGUCUUUAAGCCCCAGGACUUAUUGUGGCUCUUGAAUAUAAUGAAAGGAAACAAGAUAAACACUAAUGGCUUUUGGAAGAUGCCAGCCUUAAACUUGAUCUAUAAACGAUACCAAAUCAGAAUAUUAGAUCCGUACAUUAUCAGAGAAGCAGCUUAUAAUCUGCUUCAAAUUCCCAAAGUGUUUCCCAAAAAUCAGAAACCCAAACACCCUACGACAGGAAUUAUUGCCAUCACAUUGGCAUUUCACAUAUGCAGUGAAGUUCACCUCGCCGGUUUUAAAUACAACUUUAACAACCCAAACAGUUCUUUACACUACUAUGGAAACGCCACCAUGUCUUUGAUGAAACAGAAUGCAUAUCACAAUGUGACUGCAGAACAACUCUUUUUAACGAGUAUUAUAGAGAAAAAUAUGGUAAUCAACUUGACUGAAGAUUGACUAUACAGAUCAAAUAUGCUAAACAGUAUUGGUUUUAUUUUUGUACUGCAAAUUUUAGUUUAUUUUGAAAUGUGUUGAAUGAACUCAAACAAUUAUGUAUGUUAAGUCUGUUGCUGCCUGGUGAUUUAUAACCACCAGCUUAAUUCUGUGAAUUAUAUUUAUGAAAUACAAAAUUACCCUUUAAUCAAGAUAUCAGGGAAAUAUGUAAAGUUCUGUGUUGUUCUUAAAACAAGCUAAUGUUUUGAGGUGUUUAAAAUAACUUUUGUAGUUCCUUCAUCUUAAGAGUUCCAGGUGAUUUAGUUGAUCACUAGUUUUGAUGGCCACAUGUCAUUCCAAGACAAUUAUUUAUUAUUUGUUGUUCCUGGCAUAUGAUUGGGGGCCAGGUGCAGAAAGUAGCACCACUUGGUUGUGGAGUCCACGGUGUGGUGGUGUUCAUAGCGGUUGCGGGGGGCGCAGGGUGGGCAGGUUCUUACUAUGUAGCCUAGGCUGGCCUCCAAGUUGGUUCUCUCACCUCACUCUCCUAAGUUCUGGGAUUACAACUAUGUUCCAGGCAUCCUGUAGCAUCUUUUUUUUUUUUUUUUUUUAAGACAAGGUUUAUGUAAGCUCUGGAUGGUAGAGAAACCACAGUGUAGUUCAGGCUACCUCUCUGCCUCCAGAGUGCUGGGAAUAAAGGAGUACCAGUUUGUAAAAUGCUAAGCAAGGACAAGAAUGAGAAAACUUAAAUUAUUUUCCCAGUUUAAUGUCUUCAUCAACUCUUAAAUGUUUAUUUGGAGCAAAUUAGAAAAGUAAAAAAAUGAAAAUUGUACAGUCUUAA